AUGGCUACGAUUUCUUCAAUAGAUGGUCAGUUGACAACUCUCCUAAUAUCCCUAAAAGGCACCUGCAUCUUGGCUAACUUGGAGAGCUUUGCAGUCUUAGGAUGCGACAAAACCAUGUCCAAUUCGAAGAAUCGCCUAUGCAAUUCCUCAACCUCUGACAAAUCAUCUUCCGUCAAGCUCUCUAUGCGAGCUAGCAGAUCUCGUUCUACACUUGUUGGAUACGAUGAUGAGUUGGAAUACAAGCUAGAUACUGCUCACGGCUCAAACACCAAAGUCAAGAAGCUUACCUGGCCGGAUCAUCUUUUGGGUGUUUUCUGUAUCAAAAGAGGAAGCAGAGUUUCAUCGACUAUGUUAACCAUGCCAAUAAGACCAGAAGAGGACCAGGGAAACCAGCCUUCUCCAUGGAUCCUAUCUGUCUACGUUCUUUCGAGACAGAAGGACGAGUCGAGACAUUUCAUACCGAAGGAAGCCAAAUGCACCAUCGAUACCGGAAAUCUUCAAGGGAAUCUGGUAUCCAGAGCGUUUGUUACCGAUGUUCUUGGGUAUUCUGAGUCCCAUUUUCAACCAUUAACAAAAGCGGAAGAGGUUGGAGGGACUGGAGUCACUGGCCACAAGCUCAUCCCUCAAGGCGCAAUCUCCCUGACCUGGUACCAUAGCAACAGUACCCGAGUAUUCCGCGACAUGCGCUUUUUGAUCUCGGAGCAUCCGAUGUAUGACCUUAUCAUCGGAUCUCAGUCUAUCCACCAGAAUAGAAUCCUGGAUGUGCCAAAUCUUGGGGACGAUCCUCAUUUAGUAUCUAAUCCGGUGCUUGGUGGUAAGCUUGCCUCGAUCCAACUACUGAUUCCCGCUUUAAUUGAUAAUUUCACAGCAGAGGAACUUGAAAAGUGCCGCGAUAGAAUGACCCACCUAAAAGGAGAAUAUUCAGUGAUUCACAGGCAAGCCCAAAAAAAGAAAAAUGAUACCAAGCUUCAGGAAACAUGUAAAGAAGUCAAGGCGAAACUUGAUGCUGCCGAGAAAGCAUUCGAUGUCGAGCAUCGUCGGUUCCAAAUCCACAGAUACUGGGUAUUCUGGGCUAAACACCCAGAAGGGAAAGGACGAAAGAAGGCACAUCAGGACCAACUUGACAAAUGGCAAGCGGAGUGGCACGAGGCCUUUCCGGGCGAGGGGAAUAUUCCUGCGGAGAACUUGACCAGUCUCCAGGGCUCCUGA